UCGGAGCCAGGGAGGGAGGCAGAGGAAUGGUGCAGCUCCCCUCUCCCGGCUGGGGGGUGGCUGGAUCUUGGGGAGCCGAGGCAGAAGCAGCGAAGGGCGAGCCGUGGCAGGAGGGUGUCCUGCCCUCUCUCGCCCGCUCUCUGCCGGGACUCGCCGAGCCUGUUUCAGGCGCCUGGCGCGGUGGCUCGCCGCCCGGGGAGGGAGAGGGGAGGCUGCUGCAGCUUUAAGAGAAGGGAGGACCCCUUUGCCCUUAGAGAAACCAGGAAGGGAGUUCAGCAUCAUACGGGGCUUUGCAUAUACAGUUACAGUAGGGGCAGUAACACCAGAGAGAAGAGGGAGAGCUGGCCGGGAACUGACUCCAAACUCCAGGCAGACCCCCCCCCACCCCCAGCCCCGCCACCCCCAGGACCAGCAAGCCUUUGGUGUUCAAAAUGGCUGGUGGCGUGGACGGCCCCAUCGGGAUCCCGUUCCCUGAUCACAGCAGCGACAUCCUGAGCAGCCUGAACGAGCAGAGGAACAACGGGCUGCUGUGUGACGUGGUCAUCUUGGUGGAUGGUCAGGAGUUCCCCACCCACCGCUCUGUCCUGGCGGCCUGCAGCCAAUACUUCAAGAAGCUCUUCACCUCAGGGUUAGUGGUGGACCAGCAAAACGUAUAUGAGAUAGACUUUGUGAGUGUGGACGCCCUGUCGGCGCUGCUUGAUUUCGCUUACACCGCGACCUUGACCGUCAGCACUUCGAACGUCAACGAGAUCCUCAACGCCGCCAAACUGCUGGAGAUCCAGGCGGUAACGGAGGUUUGCACGGAUCUCCUAGACAGGAAGAUUCUGGCCAAAAAUGACCAGAUGGAUUUAGUAGAUCAAAUUGAUCAAAGGAACCAUCUCAGAGCAAAAGAGUACCUGGAGUUCUUCCAGAGCAACCCCAUCAAUGGCCACCAAGGCAACUUUCCAUGGACCAACCAAGACUUGAGAGACCUUCAGAGACUGAACUUCCAAGGGCAAGAGGACGAGGAGGAGCCGGAUUGCAACGGCAUGGACUUCUACUCACAAGCCCCCCCAAACGAAAGACCAAAGGUGAACGAUGGUGACCCUGACAGCAACCAUGCCAUGUGGCUGGAAAGAGAGGAAGAGGAGGCCCCGGGAGCCUUAUUCCCACCUUCCCAGAAUGGACAUUACAGUGGACACAGCCUGACGGCACAAGGAGAAGAGGAGGCAGCCCCGGGAGGUCACUUGGACCAGCAGGAAGCCAGCAACUCUCCCAGUUUCGUUCCUGGGGGAGCGGAGGCUGAGGAGGCUGAGGCUAGAGAGGUGGACGGUCUGGCCGCCAGCGCCCUACUGCAGCAGAUGAUCAGUUCCGUGGGAAGGCAGCAGCUGGGUGAGGACGACCAGAAGGACGACGACGGGGUGAUGGAUUAUUACUUGAAAUACUUCAGCAGCUCUCACGAGAGCGACGUGUAUCCGUCCUGGUCCCAGAAGGUGGAGAAGAAGAUCAGGGCGAAAGCAUUCCAGAAGUGCCCCAUCUGUGACAAGGUGAUCCAAGGGGCUGGCAAGCUGCCCCGCCACAUCCGCACCCACACGGGCGAGAAACCCUACGAAUGCAACAUCUGCAAAGUCCGGUUCACCAGGCAGGACAAGCUGAAAGUUCACAUGAGGAAGCACACAGGUGAAAAGCCUUACCUGUGCCAGCAAUGCGGGGCUGCUUUUGCUCACAACUACGACUUGAAGAACCACAUGCGUGUGCACACUGGCUUGCGGCCUUACCAGUGCGACAGCUGCUUCAAGACUUUCGUCCGAUCCGACCACUUGCACAGGCACCUUAAAAAAGAUGGGUGCAACGGCAUCCCAUCCAGAAGGGGGCGCAAGCCCCGGGUCAGAGAUGUGAGCGGCGUGCCCGCCCCCGCAGGGAACCCCGAAGAUGGAAGCUUUGAAGCUGUUGGCGAGAGACAAGAAUCACAGGAGGACACCGUGCAGAAAAAUGGCCAGGAGGAGCACUUUGAAGAUAGUUCUAACAAUGAAGCAUCAGGAGGAUUGAAUGUAGCGGAGGGGUCGUCAGAGGGUAACACACAAGGACUCUCCUAAACCAAAAAAAAAAAAAAGUGUCACAAAAUCUAGUUAGUACUUUCCUCCAAUUUCUCUUUAAAAUAUUUCUCUCCCUUUUAAAAAGAUUAUAUAUAUAUAUAUAUAUAUAUGUUUCCAAUCUUCCCACCAUAACCAGUCCUGUGGGGACACCUCUAAUAGCUAAGGACCUUUCGUUGGAAGGCAGAUGCUUAGGAAGUGUGAGAUUGGGAGGGUUGAAAGGAUCUAUAACAUGGAAAGAAGCUUCCAUGCAAAUCCAAAGCUUUUAUUUUGUGUCCAGACACACUUUAAAAAAUGGCAGAGAUGCAUCUAUUUAAAAAAAAAAAACAGAAAAAUUCCAAGAGGUGAAUAGGUUCUUCCUGGACAGUCACUACAUUUUGUGCCUCCGUCUGACUGGAUGGGAAAGAAUUGAGUGCAGCUUUCUCUCCACUGGAAAGUGAAAGCUCCUGAUGCCUGAGAUGGUCUUGUGUUGAUCGGGGAUUUGAUUCUGCCAUAGGGAGUUCAGAUUCUUUCUGACCUGAUGCCGAGCGAAGCUGGCUGAAAUCACCUGGUGCACUAUUUUUAUAAUGAUAAUUGGGUGGGGGGGGGAAUGGAUGAUAUUUUACAUAUUCAAUUUUUUAAGAAUGAUUGCUCCUGCCACAUGGGUGGGCAAACAGAAUUUUGCAAGGCUGCUCCAAGCCUCAGGUUUGAAAUGCCUAGAUGCCAGGUGAAACUGCGACUCUCCCCAGGAGGUUUAGAUUGGCGCUUCUUUCCCGAUUGGGAGGCAGGACUCCUGCGUUCAUUCCUGGCUCUGCCACAGAAUUGCUGGGUGACUUUGGCAAGUCGUUUUCCCUCUCUGGGGUGCAGCUUCCUCAGCUGUAAAAUGAGACAAAUGCUGUUUUGUGUGAGAUUUGGGAAGUGCUUUGAGGUCCAGGGCGUGCGUGUUGCGAUAAAGGUGUGAACUCCUUCCUUGGCAGAUAAACUGCUCUGUUCAGGGGUUACUACGUGAGGGUCUCUUGGACAAAAAUGGCAGCCACUCUCUGCUUUGUGCAAAGAUCUUUGUGGCACUUUUCCUGAGGAUGUUUGCAGAGCCCUUGGCCAACAUUCCCCCUCACCCACCCAUUGGGCAGCACAUGUUCAUGCCUCACUCUUGUCCUCCACCCCAGAGGUGGCUGCAUUUCCAUGAGUGCUGCAUAUAUAUAGUCUGUAAUGUGUUGUAGUAUUGAAGGCCCUGUUUUAGUAAGGUAGCCGUGUGGCUACCAAACCUCUCUCCCUAGCCCACUGAAAACCCUGAAUCGGGCAGGAACCUGAGCAAUCUAAUCCAAUUCCAGGCAACCUCUGAUGGAAUGGGCUAGUUCUCUACUUUGAUGACUUAUUCCCUGGUCCUGUGCUUGGCAAAUUGUGCCCCAAUAGGAGAGGAGCAGAGGGUAGAUUUUUGCUAGAUCAGAUUGUUGCCUCCUGAAUCUGAACCUUGCCUUUCAAGACACAGCAAUUAGUCAAUCCUCACUGUUGAUUCAGACUCCCUGAUACUCCCCUCCCCCAGAGCUGAAGCUCGAGACCCCUCUGGGAUGUAACAGGAUUCUUCUGUAUCUUUGGGCCUGCCGGGAGUUAAAGAUCAGUAACUGACAAGAUGCGGUGUUCAGUCUUUUGCCACCCUGACAUGGAAUGGACAGCGCCGGUGUGAUCGUGCUUUUAGCACUUGUUAAUAGAAGCUUUCACUCCAGGAUCUCAAAGCACUUCAUUAGAUAGUUCUAUUAAGUAAAAGAAUCUCUUGGAGCAGGGUAACCCCCAAGAUUUUAAGAAUCAAAUGAUAGCACCCUAAAAGCAGUUAAAACUGAGUUUUUGGGGUUGCUUUUUUUUUUUUUUUUUUUAAAGGGUUAUUUAAGGUCUCCCUGAAAGGUGUGCUGAGUCCUUCUGGAGAUGGAAGCUGUUGGGAUGGGGGGAAAAAAGCACUCUGGGGCUGCUACUCCUUUAAGGCUUUGGAGUUGGGGUUUGGAAUUUAUCUCCUCUGGGGACCUCAGGCUGGGCCAUUUAAAUGCACAGGCUUCUGGGAUGGGUAGUUCUCCAUCAGACUGGCACCAAUGUAUUUACUGUUCUGCAGAAGCAAAGCUGAAUUUAUUUAUUUGAGUAGUGGGCACUGAUAGACUGGCCCGGGGGAUGUGUACAGAGCUAAUGUGGUGGGGUGGAGGUGAUGGGCACCGGGGCUGACCGCACCACAAGCCCCGGCGUCCUCUACUUGCUGCGGUUGCUAGGAGAGCGCCCAAAGCUUCACCUGGUGCCUGGUUUCAGUCCCCAAAAGAUGCGGGCGUGACCUGUGUGUGAGAUGAUCAGAAUCGCAGGCUAAGCUGGUCCAAAACAGGCCACUGCCUCCUUGACAGGAAGGGGUUCAGGGCCUAAUGGUUACACCAAAGUCUUUACAACCCUCUGCUAGCACAGGACCUUGAAAGUGGCUUGUAAAUUAUUCCCACUGUCCUGAGGCCCAGGUGGCCUGGGUCUUCGGUCUGGUCCACACACAAGGUUUUGUACCAGUAUAACUGUGUCAGGUAGGGGUGUGACUUUUCACUGAAGUAGUUAUACCAGUACAAUGCCUACUGUGGAUACAUUGGUAACAGUACAAAGAUUUGAGAAGGGAAAUAAGCAAUACUGGUAUAAGCAUCUUUCUACCAGUAAACUGCAUCCACAUGACAGGGUUUAUACCCCUUUAACUACUCCGGGACAGGUAAAGGGGUCCCGUGCCCUCAUGUGGACACUGAAUGUUGUUGGUGGUUGGUAACCAGUCCCAGCCCUAUGAUCUGAAACAUCUUGCACGGGUCAGUCUCAAUCAAUCCCUAUUCCCUAUCUGGAUAGCGAGUCAAGUAUGCAGAUAUAAAGUAUAUAUUGGUGUGUAUUACCCAGCUCCUCCAGCUUAGCAGAGUCUAGAAAGGGCACCUUUCAGCCAUUCUCCUGUUUUUUAAAUGCACAGUUCAAAAUGAAAAGAGAUUCUAGUCCUUUUAUUUUGAAAGCACUUUUUAGAUUUUAUUUUAAUUUUAAAGUGAGAGCAGGUUUGGCCGAAUGUAAACUGGAGAGGGAGUGAGAGGGGAGUGUGUGAACUGGGGGGUGGGGGGGUGGGUGUCGGGGAGAGAAAGAUGGAUGUUUAUUUAAUGCAGAAAAAGCAAUAAAAAUUUAAAAAAACAUUAUUAAAAAAAAACCAUAAAAAAAAAACAACCACGAAGUCUUAGCACUUUGCGAUGGAACGGGUACUUUGAAAUCACUUUAUCUUAAUUUAAAAAGCAAAAGCGAAACAUGUUUACAAGUUGAAACCAACUUCUAUGGAAAAAAAUUAUUAUUAAAAAAAAAUUCCUAAAUUUAUUUUUGUAAGAAAAAAAAUGUGUGUGUAUAUAUAUAUUAAAAAACAAACAAACCCCACAAAACCCAAACCUAGGCAGGAUCCCACGUCUAUUUCAUGGAAUAACAAAACAAAAAGAUAUCCAAUGAGAGGAAGGAUGCUAAUUAGGUUCUGUGACAUGACCUGAAAACAAACCCCUCAAAGUGACUGCACUUCACAAAACGGAAGCUUGAAUAGUAGACAGGAAUCAUGGGUGUUUUUGUUUUUGUAUUUUUUUCCUUCUAUUUUCCUUUUUUUUUAAUUUGUCUGUUUGUUUCUUAAAUGUCUUAUAGCCAGUGCUAGUCCAGAUGUCUCUCCCACCUCCCCUCGUGCCCCUCCCGCCCCCAGGAGCAUCUUAGCUUGUGUAGCAAGGAGGAAAGAAAGCAUCUGAACUGCUGGGUGAUGUAAUUGAUCGGGGGGGAAAGGAUCAUGGGAUGGGGGCAGCCCCUGUGAUCUUCCUUGUUUCAUUUCUUCUCCGAGGGUCACUCAGCCAGGCUUGGGUAGAUGAUGAGAUACGUCUCCUGGGUAGAGCGCUCCAAGCCAAAAGCAUACUCCAUCUUCGAAGUUAAUCUAGCAUUUCCCAGCUCUGCCUCCUACCACAGCACUAGACGUGCUUCUAGCAUGAAGCAGGGGUUCAGGUUUGAAGUCAAUUGGUUGAGGUCUAAUUCGGGAUAGAGGCUUCUGUGGCUUGAUGGUGCACGUAAACCAUCGUCCUCCCCACUCACUGAGCCCUGUGACUAUUCCAGAAUCAGCUGCUUGGAGUGGAGAGGGGCGGGGAAACCCACCUUACAAAU